GUAAGGAGUCACUGCUAGUCUCGCUAGUCGACUGUAUCCAUUUAACGUAACAGAACAAAUCAAGUAUGAAGGCUAUCGUGGUCAUUGCCAUUGCUUUCUUGGCCAUUUGCUCUGGGAACUCGGUCUACAAUCUCAGAUUUGAUGAGCUGUUAAGAGCGCCAGAAGAUACUUCCCACCUUCAAGAUUUUGAAAAAAGKCGUCAAGUCGUAAGCGAAUGUUCGAACUAUAAAUUUGGGUGCUGUCCUGAUGAUAAAACCCCACGUAAUGGCUUUAAAAACGAAGGAUGUGGAGAAAAACUGUGCAUCGAUGAAUCGGUUUCUGAUUGCGAGAAAGCUACCCAAAGCCAAUGUCAUACUUCUCGAACAAUCUACAAGAAGUGUCAUUACAAAUGCAACCCUCAGUGCAGAAAAUCUGCGAGUGCGAGAUGUAAGAGUCCACAUGGGUGUUGCUGGAAUGGAUUACCUAAACUGAGUCCCAACAGUAAAUGCCCAGAAUGUAUCGACAAUCCAGACAUGUCUCACAUCUGCUAUCAGUUCAAGGACGUAAGCGCAGGAUGUAAUUCUGGUUUGCUUGGAAUCAGGGAUUUCUUACUGAAACAUUGUCCCUUCACUUGUGAACUGUGCAGCAAAUAUUAAAGAAUGUUAAUUUAACAAUCCAAAAUCGAUAUAGAAUUGAGUUAAAUCGUACUGAUAAGGCGAUGCGCAGUCCUCAACAUACUGAAGACAUAUGCAUAGCAUUUUUUUUUCAUAAAAAGAAGUUAGCUCCCGUGACAGACUGAUAAUAACCUAAUAUAGACUAAUACAAAAUGAAAGCUCGUACCUGUACUUUAGAUAUUUCAAUUUAAAAAAAAAAUAGUGUAUUUGGUUAUAGAAAUCCACUAAUAAAGAAUAAAUUAAUGAUUAAGAAAUAGUGAGCCCUC